AGUACCAGUACCAGUACCAGACGUGCCGUGUGUCGCGUGUGUGAGUGUGUAACCUGCUAGUGCUGUGUCUGCCGCUGCGGGUUCUGUCACUUGACGGGAGUGCUAUGCCGUUGGUCUAGACAUGUUCCACGGCGCUGCGAGCGCUGCCCCCUCGGCCAACUACUCUCCUGACACCAAUACUUCCGGCUACUCCCAGCAGCCCGUGUACGUACCCUCGAACCGCGUGUUCCAGUGGAACCCGGCCUACAACUCCUCUAGUGGCCAGAACUCCUCAUGGCACUCCCAGGGCUCCGGCUCUCACCACGAACACUACCAUGGCCAGGGCUCCGCCCACUUCACCAACAGCUUCUACGCCGCCCAGACCACUAUGAUGUGGCGCACGUACGAUCCUUCAGGCUUCCAGAGAUCUCUUCCCUACGAAGACGCCAUGCAGUUUCAACUAGGCGAAGGGCGAGAGUGUGUGAACUGCGGCGCCAUAUCCACCCCUCUAUGGCGUCGCGACGGCACUGGCCACUACCUGUGCAACGCGUGCGGCCUCUACCACAAGAUGAACGGCAUGAACCGGCCUCUGGUCAAGCCGGCCAAGCGACUGGUCAGUCUUGGGACGGCCAGUCGACGACUAGGGCUGUGCUGUACCAACUGUGGCACUCAGACUACCACACUCUGGCGGCGUAACAACGAGGGCGAGCCCGUCUGCAACGCGUGUGGCCUCUACUUCAAGCUGCACGGCGUCAACAGGCCCUUGGCCAUGCGCAAAGACGGCAUCCAGACACGGAAACGGAAACCCAAGAAGUCGGGUUCGGGCAGUGAGACAAUACCGUCCACAUCCACUUCCGGUACCGCUGGGUCCACGAGUGACUUGAAGAGCUCGAGCACAGGCACUGCGAGCUCAGGUGACCGCGAGGAGCGACCGUACCUGGGACACACGAGUCUUCUGUCUGCGGUGAAGUCGGAGCCUUCCUACACGGAUACGUCUCACACACAGGAUCCUUUCUACUCGACAGCGUUCUCUCAGCAGCAUCACCAGCUGGGCUUCGGCUUCCCAGGGGCCACCACCUCGUCUGACCACUACCAUCACCACCACCACCCGCACCACCACCAUCACCACCACUCCACCCCCGUCCACAAGCUGAUGGCUACAAGCUAGAUUAGCUGGAACUCUAGGACAAGAACCACCCCAUUACCGGUCCACAGGUGUCUGUGCUGCUGGCCGCCGAUCCGGACACGUGUGACAUGACUUUCCGGAAGUCUAAGUAUUAGAAUUUGUUAAGUAAUGUUUUGACGAAAAUCGAUAUUUUGUAAUCUGAGUCGGAUUGGACUUAGUAGUUUUUGCACAUUUUGGUUUGGUGCGGCGACUUUAAUUAUAGACCGUACAGUAGACGAAAACAAUAUAAUAUAACGUAAUAAACAAUGUAGACGAAAAACUAAUAUAAUUUGUUUACAGACACUUUUGUGUGUGCAGUAGUAAAAUUGAAUACAACUGAAUGUGUUAAAAUGUGAAAAUGUUAAAUUUAAGAUUACCUCUCUUAUCCAUACAUCCGAUUCCCUUUACAUAUUCAAAAGCAGAAAUCAAUUUUUCUAAACAAGAAAUUGAUAAAGAAUUUAAUCAUUAAUGCAUUUUUUACGUAACAACCUUGAACUAUAUUUAUUUAGAGACAUGUUUUAUUGCUUAAUGAAUUGCAAAAAUAAAUUAUCAAUUACUAAAAUAGUGAUGCCAUUGGGUUAUGUUUAUAGCUUGAUUUCAAUGUAUUGUUACCAGACAACAAUCUGGUUAUUUCCCAAUAACUAGGAACAAAGUCAAGAACAAAAUUAUAAGUACUGAUGAUUAUUUGAAUUAUUCUAGAUUCAAACGCAGCACUACUACUUCGUAGUCUUCAUGUGAUUUGCUUUUAUUUUUAACAGGAAACAAUUUCAUAUAUCAUAAACAUCAUUUGAAAAGUUUAUUUCUAAUUAUUCAUAUUUGCAAUUAGAUCCAAUGUAAAAUCCAAGCUUGAAAAAAAUUCUCUGGUUUAAUCAUUUUUUUUACUCAGUGCAGUUUUAAGAGAUUGAAAUUAUCAUUAAAAGACGUGAAAAAUGUUAAUUCCAUAUUCAUACAAUUAUUUUGGUUUAAUACAAAUUUAGACAUUGGAACUUAAUGUUCAAUGUACAGUCUGAAAUGAACAACAUUUUAUGAAUAAUGGAUACCUCGCAUACUCACAGUCACUGUUAGCUAACAACGUGACAACAUUGUUGUGUUAUGGUGACAGACCGUGACAACAACGGCAACAACAGCGACAGUCGUUAUACUUUGUUGUACAUAGUUGUUAUCGUAUAUCUAGGCUACGUCUGUACAUUAUCACGGUUGUACAUACCGUACACAUACAUUGUCUAUUUAUUUGUCGAUCUCUAAAGUUAGUCACGCUCAGACAGCACAGUGCUUAUAUUUACAGCUGCUUGUAUGUUACACUGUAAACUGCCUUUCAGAUCAUGUAACCGUCAGUCCCAUCUGUCACUGGUCACAAAGAAAUGACCUAUGACCUAGUUAGGAAUCCUUUUGGAAAGAAAUUCUUAUUGACCAACUUGACUUCCUACGUUGGGUUGUGUUUCGUAGUUUUUGUCGAAUCUAAGAGAAUUAUUACUUCGGUAUUAUCCAUAUCGUUCACAAUUUUACAUUUAAAAACAUUUUUUACGCGUCUAUGAUUGGUACAAACAAGGAGAAAGAAAAUGUUUGCAAUAAUGUUUAUCAUAAUGCAUUCUUAUCUUGUCCUCUCUCAUUUUUAUUUCAAAGAUAUUAAAUCAGUUGUCCUUGGCAAGUUCUUGUUGGUUUAAACCACCAAAAUCUUAGUGUAAUGAAACUGGAACAUUUUAAAGCAAGAUUUGUUCAAAAAACAUUUUUUUAAUUAUAAUUUUUUUAUUUAAAGAUUAAUCAGUAGGAGAAGCAGAAUUUGUGACAUAAAACACAACAUUUUCGCCAAUUAAAUGUUUUUUGUAGUUUGUGUUAUGAUUGCAGUAUUAUUAUUUAUUUUUACCAUUAUAAAAUGUCCCAUGACAGUAAACACAGAACUAGAAUAAUGUAAUAUAAUGUCUGCAAAAUGGUACUGUUUACAAUAAAUAAAUUACUUUCUACAUAAAAAGGUGAAUUAGCACUUAUUUAUUAUUCAGAUCGGUUUGUAAAGUAAUAUUUAUAUUUAAAUUUAAGAUGGUAUAUUUAAAAAUCAAAAUAUUAAUAAAUCAGUCAUCUUUAUAAGAACUAUACGUUAAUAGCGAUCAAAUGUAAUCAAUAAAGCACUGUGUAACCUUGUGUAAUUUAGUGGUACUAUUUUAGAAAAUUAAAUUAUACUUAGCUAUUGUAAAUUAUAAUUAGACUUUGCAUCAAAUUAAAUCUUGAUGUCUUGAAGUUAUUUUAUUUGCAGAGAAAAUUGGAGAUGCAGUAAAUUGCAUGAAAAGCAGACGGGUUGAUAGCAUCUCGGAUAUGUUUCAAGCAUUUUGAAACCUCCUUCACGUAUAAGACACCAUUAGCUAUACACAAUUGUAUUGAUGUUGCUGCCUUGUUUUGAAGGCGUUCAGUCACUGAAUAUUUCAGUUGCUACAUUAAAAACGCAAAUAAAAUCUAUACAGUAGACAAAGAACACUUGUAAACAUACUUGAACAAAUAUAAGUGUUCACUAUAUUGUGUAAAAGUGUCUUAUGCAUCAUAAAUGUUAUUAUGAUAUCAAUGUGAAAAAUUGCGUAAAUAAUUGCGAGAAUGAAAAUAUUUGUUGCGUAUUUAGUCUACUCAUAUGUAAGCAUAUGAGACAAGCAAGUGUACAUAAAAAUAAACAUGUUUACGAACUAUUUCAGUCAUUGUACAGUUAAUUUAGAGCUUGUAGUUGUGUCUUUGUAUACUAAAUUGAUGUGUAUAUUUAUUAUUAGCCAAUAAAUUUACCUAUACUACAUUA